GGAUCAUCCGUGGACGGAUCGGAACCUAACCCAGUCGGUGCUCUCAGCAGGGAGGUUCUGCUGCUCUGUGACCUCCUGGAUGGAGUCUCCUGCUGUGAGAGGGAGGAUCACCACCCUGCUGGUCCAGAUCCUGUGGCUCUGCUCCCUUUUACCUCUGGAACACGCCAAACUGGUCUGUCACUGCACCGGGAAGUCCCUCUGUCACUGUGAUGGGGUCAAAGGCCAGAAGGGACAACCUGGAUACAUCGGAUACCCUGGAUUUCCAGGAGUAACAGGAUUUCCUGGGAACGAAGGUAAUCAGGGCUCACCUGGAGAAAAGGGUAAUCGGGGAAAAGCAGGAAUUCCAGGAAUUAAGGGAUCUCGGGGUCUUCCAGGAACACCAGGUUUUCCAGGAUCUCCAGGACUCCCAGGAAUCCCUGGGCUUGAAGGACCAAUGGGCCGACCAGGAGUCCCAGGAUGCAACGGGACAAAAGGGGAGGCUGCCUACCCAGGGUUCCCAGGGGUUACAGGACCACCUGGACCACGAGGACCCCAGGGGCCACGAGGGAUGAAGGGAGACUCGUUUGUGUUCCCCGCUCAGCAGGAAAAAAAAGGAGCAACAGGACCACAAGGGCCAAAGGGCAAAAAAGGGGAACGUGGAUAUGGAGGAGAAAUAGGCCCACCAGGACCAGCAGGACCAUUUGGACUUCCUGGAAAUCCAGGGCUGCCAGGAAAUCAAGGAGAAAAGGGUCAAGAAGGGUCCAGUCCAACGAGCCCCGGUCCACAAGGUCUAAAGGGUGAGCGUGGACCUCCAGGAAUCCCCGGAAAGCAGGGAAUCAAACUGUACGUUGAAGGACCCAAAGAGCUGAAGGGAGAACCAGGUGUAGAAGGACAGAAAGGUUGCCAUGGAUCUCCUGGUGUCCCAGGGAAACCUGGGAUUAAAGGAGAGAAGGGCGAGAGAGGUGAACCUGGCUUCCUGGGUAAACCAGGGAAGCAGGGAUAUCCAGGAGAGCUCGGACAGCAGGGAGCCCCCGGGAACAUUGGCUUCAUCGGUCUUCCUGGUAUUGAUGGUACCUCGGGAGAAAAAGGAAAUCGAGGUCCCCCAGGUCUCCCAGGAGAGGCGAUCUAUAAUCCCAUAUAUCUGAAAGGCCAGCAAGGUGUCCCUGGGCCCCGUGGACCCCCAGGAGUCCCUGGAUUUCAAGGACUGAUUGGGUUUCCCGGGCUGAAGGGCGAGUCAGGUGUGGGUCGCAAUGGACCACCAGGCUCCCAUGGACCACCUGGCUCAUUGGGUCCCAGAGGAGAACCUGGAGUGCCAGGGCCAGUAAUUACAGGACCUCCAGGACUGACCGGAUCCCCAGGGGUUCCUGGAGCUGAAGGAGAACAAGGAGAACCAGGAUUACCAAAUUUUGUGAUGGAGGGAACUGGUCCUCUAGGAGCCAAAGGUUCAAAAGGCCUGAUAGGACUUCCUGGACUGAGAGGGGCGGUUGGUCAUAAGGGUCAGAAAGGGGAGCUUUGUACAGUUUGUCGUUUUGAGUAUGGCCUUCCUGGACCUCAGGGACAGCCAGGGGAGCCUGGUCAAAGCGGGUUGCCAGGUUCAGCUGGUUUUACGGGGCCUGCAGGUGAUAAAGGUGUCAAAGGUAUUGUAGGACCACCAGGACCACAGGGUUUCUUUGGUUUUCCCGGCCUCCCGGGGACCCAAGGACCUGCAGGUGAGCCAGGAGUUAUGACUAGGCUGGGGCAGAAGGGUGAGGAUGGGGACAGGGGGGAUCCUGGGCCACAGGGACAGGAAGGGAAGGAUGGAUAUCCAGGAACACCGGGUCUGAAAGGUGUUCAAGGACAAAAAGGAAACCUGGGACCUCAAGGGCCCAAAGGUGACAGGGGGCUAUUUGGCACCACAGGUCUCAGAGGACUGACUGGGCAGAUGGGGUCUACAGGACAACUUGGAGUUGGGGCUCCAGGAUCUCCAGGGGCCAAAGGAGCUAAGGGACUCCUGGGAAAGCCUGGAGAACCUGGACCUCCAGGGGAAAAAGGUUCUCAAGGGGAAAUCCAAACCUUUCCAGGAGAUCCAGGCCAGAAGGGCGAUAAAGGUUUAUUUGGGAUCACUGGGUCCAGAGGUAUGACAGGACCUCCAGGUCCUAAAGGAAUUUUGGGGCCAAAGGGCGAAAAGGGACUUGAGGGUUUAUCUUUCCAGGGGAUCCGAGGCACCACAGGGUUAAAGGGAGACAAGGGUUCCAGAGGAGCGCCAGGUUUUCCCAAUUAUGGCAGCAAGGGACGAGAGGGGCCAUGGGGCCCCCCAGGGACCAUUGGCCAGAAGGGGGACCGAGGUUUUGGUGAACCAGGUGAGGAGGGUCAACAGGGCUCUCCGGGAAAAGAUGGCUGUGUGGGACCACCAGGAGUUCCUGGACUUCCAGGACCAGAGGGAGUUCAGGGACCUCCAGGAGAAGAUGGUCUUCCAGGGACAAAAGGUCACUGUGGCCUGGAUGGUGUACCUGGUCCUAUUGGUCUGAAUGGGUGCUGUUACCCCGGAGCUCCAGGACCUCAGGGAGUGCAAGGUCCAACAGGUUUUAUCGGGUUUACUGGAAUCAUGGGACCAGCUGGUCUGAAAGGAGAUCCCGGGGUCCAAGGCAAUGGAACCCCUGGACCUAAGGGUCUAAAAGGGCAACAAGGAUCUGAUGGAGCUCCAGGGAGGGUUGGAGCAAGGGGACUGAAAGGCCUGAGAGGGAAGACUGGGGAGUCUGGGAGCCCAGGGCUGAGAGGGGACACGGGUCUCCCAGGACCAAUUGGGUGUCCAGGAGCAGACGGAAAACCAGGACAAUCCGGGGAACCGGGACCAACAGGUCAGAAGGGUACAGACGGGUCAAGGGGUUCUCAGGGGCCUCCAGGCAAUCCUGGAGACAAAGGGGAAAUUGGACCAAAAGGGGUUCCGACAAACAUUAUGCUAUCAGGAAAUCCUGGAGACCCUGGAAUCCCAGGUCCCAGAGGUCUUACUGGUGAAAAAGGACAAAGGGGCCCCCCAGGUCCUCAAGGGCCAUAUGGGAUAAAUGGAAAUCCUGGAUGCCCAGGGCCACAAGGACUUCCUGGAGAUCCAGGUAGAGAUGGACAGAAAGGUCAUCCUGGUUGCAACGGACAACCAGGUGACAAGGGACUUAUGGGGAGACCAGGUUGUCAGGGUGAAAAGGGUGCAAAGGGAACUUGUGGCGUUCCUGGUUUAGAUGGAACUCCAGGACAAACUGGAGCCAAAGGUAUUAAAGGAGAACCAAGUCCAGUUGGACCAGGAGUUAAAGGCUGUCCAGGAGAGAAGGGGAAUCCAGGAACUCCAGGAUGUCCAGGUCCAAAAGGACCACCAGGACCACCUGGAAAUGUUGGUCCUCCAGGAACAUUUGGCCCUUGUGGACCUAAGGGACCUACUGGACCACCUGGAGACAGAGGUCCUCCUGGGAGUGCAGGUGAGAAGGGUUGUGAUGGCCCUCCCGGGAAACGUGGACCUCCUGGAUCUCCUGGAAUCCCAGGAUACAAGGGGUCUCCUGGGAUUCCUGGUGCAGAUGGGCCCAAAGGAAGCCAGGGAAAGGAUGGGAUACCUGGAUCUGAUGGAGAAAAGGGAGCUAUGGGAUCAUGUACACCUGGAUCUAAGGGAGAAACAGGAGGAAAAGGUCUACCUGGAUGCACAGGGGAGAAGGGCCCUCCUGGUCCCUAUGGGCCUCUUGGUCCAUGUGGUCCUGCAGGAAACCCAGGUUGCCCAGGUCUUCCUGGAUUCCCUGGUUCUCCUGGAUGUGCUGGAAGAAAGGGAGUAUGCAUUGAUGGAAUGAAGGGAGAUAAAGGAUGCCCUGGACCUCAAGGACCCAAAGGCCCACCUGGCUGUAAAGGUCCUCCUGGUCCUCCAGGUCCUGGUUACAAAGGUCACAAAGGAAGAAAAGGAGAACCAGGUCCCACAGGACCAGCUGGACCACCUGGUCACCAUGGUCCUCCUGGAAAGGCAGGUCCUGGUGGACUGCCUGGACUUCCUGGAGAAAAAGGCUGCCAAGGACCCGUUGGAGAAAAAGGAUCUGUUGGUAUGGAAGGGGUGAAAGGACAACCAGGUAACCCUGGCCCAAGUGGCCGUAGAGGACGAUGUGGAAGACCAGGACCAAAAGGGAGGGAUGGAAGACCUACUGAGGUGGUGUCACCUGGAGACCGUGGUGAAAUGGGAGACCCGGGAGAUGUGGGUAAAAAAGGACACGCGGGUAGCCCCGGAGCAAAAGGACCUGAUGGCCUGAAAGGCACUGCUGGAGAAACAGGUCAGAGGGGACAACAUGGUGGUUAUGGACUGAAAGGAGAAGAUGGAGACAAAGGAGGAGUCGGAAGAAAAGGUGAGAACGGUGCAAAAGGCCAAAUAGGAGCUAAAGGUCCUCGCGGUGCACAAGGUGAAAGGGGUGUCCCUUCUGGGAUGAACGGCUUCCUGUUCACCAGACACAGCCAGGAUCGCAUUAUCCCACAAUGUCCUCCAGGAUCUUCCUUCGUUUUCAACGGAUACUCUCUGCUCUUCAUCAACGGCUACAGCCGCGCUCACGGACAGGACCUGGGUACAGUAGGUAGCUGUCUACAGCGGUUCAGCACCUUACCCUUCCUGAUCUGUGAGAUUGCGGGAGAAUGUCGAUAUGCUGAGCGAAACGACUAUUCCUACUGGCUUUCCAACAUCAGGGACCCUCAGAUGCAAAAGCAGACAAGCACCGAUCAGGAGAUGCUGCAGUCCAAAAUCAGCAGGUGUUCUGUGUGUGAGGCCAGUGCCAACGUGAUCGCUGUCCACAGCCAGACCACUGAGAUUCCAAACUGCCCUUCUAGCUGGACACCUCUCUGGGAAGGAUAUUCCUUCGUAAUGGAAACAGGUUUAGGGGCUGAGGGCUCUGGUCAGCCUCUGGUUUCACCCGGAUCCUGCCUGGAAAAAUUCCAUAAAAUGCCCUUUAUCGAGUGUAACGGAAACCCAGGAACCUGCAAAUAUGACAGCAGCCACUACAGCUACUGGCUGGCUGCUCUGAACAAGACAGAUAUGUUUGGGAAACCAGGAAAUUGGAGCAUUCCAGGACACAUUUCAGAAAACAGAAUCAGCCGCUGUCAAGUCUGCAUGAAGCAGAUGUGACCUUUAACCCUGACCAUAGCUGCUAACUCUGCUUCAAUGUACUCACACAGGCGCUGAGGACACACAAUCCUAGAACAUUUCAUGAGAAAGGUCCAACAGCAGACCUCACUCCUCAGGACUUUUUUCCUUUAAUACAAUUACAAAGGAGUAAGAGCAGAAUCUGAAGGAUGUAACACACACCUAUAGCGGUCCGAAACCUUGGUUCUGACAAAGAAAAGGUUGCAUUGGAAGGUCCAGAUUGGUAAUGUGCCAUUCUCGUUUUCUAGGUUUCUUUCUCAAAGAUUGGAUAGAUAGAUCAAAGAAGCAUUUGUCCUCCUUACAAAUUUCUUCUGUUUUGUUUUUUUGUCUCAUUUAUAUGUUUAAGAUCAUGAAAUAAAUUCUAAUUUCUACGAUAA